GAGUGUAUUUCACAAUUCUCAAAAGUUUCUGAAGAGGAAUGAUGAGGAGAUUGCAAUCAUGGACCUUUCUUUCAUAGUUGUCUGUUGUAUUCAGUUCUUAGUCAACAUUACAACAUGUGGAAUCAAGUCGAGGACGAUUUUGAGCUAGUUACGCAACCAGGAAGAGUCAAGAACAUAAUAAACGAGACAUUGGGAGUAUGUGACGCCAUUGCGGUGGACUGUGAAGGCGUGAAUCUUAGUCGAGACGGAAAGCUGUGCCUUUUACAAGUCAGUACAGGAACAAAAACUUUUAUCUUUGAUGUUUGUGCACUACAAAAAGAAUUAUUUUUGACUGGUUUCAAGGAAAUCUUAGAAUCUGAACGUAUUCUCAAAGUGUUUCAUGACUGUAGAUACGACUCUGAUGCUCUCUGGUGGCUUUAUGGUGUAAGGUUACGUAACGUUCUUGACACCCAAGUGGCUUUCCGAAUAUUGAGAGAACAGCAAGGCUAUACCAGACAGUUACCAGUGAAAUUCAUCACUUUGCUAAGACGUUUUGUGAACCAAGAAAUAUCACCUCAAACAUUAGAAUUGAAAAGAACUUUCAAGAAUCGUUUUUCUCAAGACAGAAAUUUUUGGCUAAGAAGACCUAUUCCUAAGGAUGCUUUGGUUUACGCUGCAUAUGAUGUCAAAAAAUUGUUGGAAAUUGCGACCAAUAUCCUUCGCAAUCUUUCUGAAUGGAAUCGGAAGAGAGUAAUGGAUGAAAGUGAAAUAUAUGUGAUGGCUUAUCGAGAUGAUGAAGAAGGUGCUUUAAAGGCACGAAUGGAGUUUGGACAAAUCCGCACAUCACUAGAAAUGAAACAACAUAAUCUUCAACAAAAUAGCAACAUUUGGGACUCUUUUCUAUUUGAUAAGAACGCUAUUCUUCGAUGUUUCACUACUUGAAUUAUGAAUAAUAUUCCUCGUCAUAUUUUAUACAUUG